AUGGCUACCACACAUGCUUCUAAUGGUCCUGUCACCACUGCUGAUCCGGUUGUCACAACCACACCAACCCUCUUCAACAUGAAAACCUCCAGUGUUAUGAAACUGAACUCCACCAACUACUUGAUGUGGAGUCUCCAGAUAAAUGCCCUGUUUGAUGGCUAUGAGCUCUGUGGUUACCUCGAUGGAUUUGUCGUUCUACUACCUGCAACCGUCACCGUUGACACCAUCAUCACGGUCAACCCUGCCUUCACGUUCUGGAACAGACAAGAUAAACUUCUUUACAGUGCCUUAAUUGGCGCUAUCUCCUCUCCAUUCCAACCUCAGGUGUCGCGUGCGACUAUUGCUUCGGAGCUCUGGCAAACACUUGCCGCCACAAUUGCUAAACCUAGCCGUGGUCAUAUUAAACAGCUCAAGACUCAACUUAAGCAAUGGGUCAAAGGAGCCAGAUCCAUUGAUGAAUAUGUUCAAGGCCUUAGCAGACGUAUGGAUCAGCUUGAGAUUCUUGGCAAGCCCUUUGACCUUGAAGAUCAGAUCGAAGUCAUUCUUGAGGGUCUGCCGGAGGAAUACAAGCCGGUGAUUGAUCAUAUUGAAGGUAAAGAUACUCCUCCUACAAUUGUUGAUGUUCCUGAGCGUCUUUGGAAUAAUGAAGCGAAGCUCCUCUCCACUGCUGCCGUAGCUUCAUUAGCUACCCCUAUCACUGCUAAUGUUGUUCAAUCACGCCACAACUCCAACAACUAUCGUACUCAACAAAGGUUCAAGCAAACCAACAAUAGUGGUACGGCAUCUUCUCAAGGACCGUCCCACCACUAUGAACCUCGGGGUUUCAAGCUGUAUAUGGGAAGUGUCAAAUUUACGGUGUCCAAGGGCAUAGUGCCAGACGUUGUCUUCAGCUUCAACACCCUCUGUCUGCUGCACCGCUAUCAUAAGUCACUCUCGUUUACACCGUGGAACCCAAGAGCCAAUCUAGCUGUUGCUUCUCCAUGGGUUCUGGACAGUGGUGCGACACACCAUAUCACGUCAGAUCUUAAUAAUCUCUCUCUCCAUCAGCCUUAUCAUGGUGGUGAUGAGGUUUUUGUUGCUGAUGGCUCCACUGUACCCAUAACACACACCGGUGAACUAUCUGAGUACGGGGGUCCGUUACUCUGCGGCCGAACUAAGGAUGACUGUAUGAAUGGCCGAAGCCGGUUCACCGAAUAA